AUGCUUGCCGAACCAGUGAAGUACCUCACGGUUGAGAGGGCUGCGGUGGAUCUGGCCACCGUGCUCGCCGUCCUGACAAUUGCUUACGUCCUCUACAAUCGCUUCGUUCAUCCCCUCCGUAAUAUCCCAGGUCCCAUUCUCGCGUCUAUUACACCCUGGGUACAGCUUUAUCAUGGUCUAAGAGGUGACCGCCACCUGUGGCUGCACGCUCUCCACAAGAAGUAUGGAAGCCAUGUCCGUGUCGCACCGAAUUUUGUGUCGGUGAAUACCGCCCAAGGGCUUCACGACAUCUAUGGCCAUGGCAAACGCCUUCAGAAAGCGGACUUCUAUAAUGGCUUCACUGCCAUCAAAGGCGUGCACAAUACCCAUAACAUGAUCGACAAGACUCUUCAUGGCCGGAAGCGUCGUGUACUGAGCCAGGCAUUCUCAGAAGCGGCAUUGAAGGGCAUGGAGGAUGUGAUGCUGUUACAUGUGCGGCAGCUCUGUGCCUCGCUUGCCGGAUAUGCAGCACACGAGAAGAAUGUACCCGAGGGCACGGGCGUCGUGCGCAACAUGAGCAACUGGUUCGGGUACCUUUCCUAUGAUGUUAUGGGAGAGCUCUGCUUUGGAAAAAGCUUCGAUAUGCUUGUUGCCGAAGACAAGAGACAUAUGAUUGGGCUGGUUGACCGAGCGUCAAACCGGCACUAUCUUUGCGGACUUUGGAUGCCCUUGGACCGCUGGCACCUCGAUCAGAUCUUUAUCCGGAAACUGACCCAGGACCGCUGGAACUUCAUCAUGAACUCCCGAGUGGAAGCGAAUAAGCGGGCUCAAGAACGCGCAGAGAAAGGUAGAGAAGCGAAGAAAGAUUUCUUCUAUUACCUGCUUAAUGCGAAAGACCCGGAGACAGGCAAAGGACUCACCACCCCGGAGCUCUGGGGCGAGGCCAACGUCCUGAUGAUCGCAGGCAGUGAUACGACCUCAACGACGUUGGCCGCGGUCCUCUUCUACCUGACACGUAACCCGGCCGCCCUCGCAAAGUUGAAUCAGGAGGUGCGCAACGCCUUUGCGAGUGUCGAGGACAUUGUCAGCGGCACGCAGCUGAAUGAACUCGUGUACCUCAAGGCAUGCAUCGAUGAGGCAUUGCGGCUCGCACCGGCCGUCCCUGGCGCGAUCCCCCGAGAGGUCAUGCAGGGCGGCGCAGUCGUCGAUGGCGUCCUCCUUCCCGCGGGAACCGACUGCGGCACACCUACAUACUCGAUCCACCGACAGGAGAAAUACUAUCGGGCAGCGGAAAGUUUUGUUCCCGAGCGUUGGAUCGAAGGCGCGGUCUGCUCUACAUCGACUGAAUCCUGGACUACCACCAAAGAAGAGAUCGAGGUAGCGCGCCACGCGUUCUGCCCUUUCAGUAUUGGGCCACGUGGAUGCAUUGGCAAGAGCAUGGCGUUCAUGGAGAUGCGGCUGACGCUGGCGCGCCUGGUUUUCUUAUUCGACAUGACUCUUGCAGACCGUGUCGGGGAGGAUGCCGGGGGCCAUUUGGAGCUGAUUGAUCAUUUCACCAGCGCAAAGAACGGGCCUAACGUCGAGUUCAAGAAGGUCAUGGGCGCACUUUGA